AUGAUUGCGGGGACCGCCACGAGCAGUGCGAUCGCCGCCUUGUGUCUGGCGGCUGGCGUGCUGCUCCGCCCUGCCAAUUGGCUUGGCGACGGGUGUUGCUCGGGCGGUCUCGUGGGAGUCAUCUGGACGUCAAGUGCCACCAGCGCGACUGAGACCAGUGUGACCUGGACGAAGGUGGUCGUCGACGCUCCGAUCUCUUGCCCUCCGCCCGUGCCCCUUGAGUGCCCGCGCGACGGGCCAGAGAGCUCCCACGUCUUGGGUGAGGGCGUGACGGGCUCGACGGUGGAGAUCCCCAGCUGGCUGCUCCUGCUGGCGCUGGGCGGCGGAGAGGCGGGGAUUGCCUGGGGCGCCUGGCGCUGCUGCGCGCGGAGGGCGAGCGACCUCCGUCGGAGGCAGCCUCUGGGCGAGGCCCGCCUGCAGGCUUUUCUUGUCGCCGACGGCGGCCACUGGGCCAGCUUCGUCUACACUCCGGAUGGCGACUUCUACGUGGAGCAGGAGACCGACUACAGCAAUUCGGCCCUGCUCGCAGGGCGGAAGGGCUACCCAGCGGGCUUCCCGCAAGUGGUGGCCUUCAGCCGGGCGCUGGAGCCGGAUGAGGUGUCGGAGCUCGUCAAGAGGGCGCGAGCCGAGGCCGUCGCGAUGACGGGAAGCGAGGGCCCUGACCCCAGCGUGCCCGACGCGGUGAAUUGGAGGGGGGGUCGGCUGGACCUCCCGGCCUACUCCCCAGUGCAGGCGCCGCGCCUCAGUGCCUCGGGCCGACGGCUCCGGGGCAAGCAGGCCAUGCCCCUCCCCGUCGGCGACGUCGAGGGCUCGGGGGCUGCGCUUGUGCCAGCGUCGGAGCCGGGCGGUGGUGCCCCCACGCCCCUGCCAGAGGCGGCCGACGGGCAUGGCUGGCUGCGCAGCGACCUGGCCUGCUGGGACGGGGCCUUCGCCUUCGGCACCGAGCUGCGUCCCGGUCAGCCGCCGUGCGUCGGGUUGCGUGGGCGUGGCGAGUACGGCAUCGCCACCGACGGCAGCGGGGGCCAUCACCCCGUGGAGCUCGUCGAGCUCGGUCGCGUGGCGGAGUGGCGCGAGGCCAAGCUGCUGGGGGCCUCCCGGCUCCGUGGCGGUGGCGAGCCGCUCGAGAAGAGGCUGCUCGACGACGGGCCACUUCGGCCGCCCGCGCUGGCGCCCUCCACGGCCCGAGCCGAGGCGGCCGAAGUCGACGACCUCCGCGCGUGCUGGAUCGACUGCGACGACGCGGGGGUCAGAUACAAGGAGUGGAAGAAGGUGCUGCAGGCGGCCACUCAGGAGAGCGUCCAGACUGCUGGGCUCAGAGGGCCCCCGGCGUGCCUCCCCGUCUGCAGGAAGUUCCACAAGCACGGCGGGACGCCCAAGGCCUGGUUCGCCGAGUGGGCUCGCGAGGUCGGCAUCUCGCGCCAGGACCGGGCCUGGCAUGAAGUCGAGUGCCUCAUCGAGUGUCUCUGGCUGGCCGGCAGCUACGACCAGCUGAACGUCGGGGCCGCCGCGGCCCUGGAGGUGGUCGCCCGUCGGCUGCUGCAGUGCGUGGAGGCCUGCGCGAAGGGCGCGGACAAUCCCAACUGGAGCGCGGCCAAGCACUUCAGCGCCACCUCCUCGGCCCUGGACCUCGCCCCCGAGGAGAUGCGCAUGUGCGCCGCGCGCCAGGCGAAGGACGAGCUGGAGCUGGAGAGCCUCCGCAUGUCGGCGUCCACCGAGAAGAAGAUUUUGGGCUUACAAGCUGAUGUGCGGCAGCGCGUCGUGGAGGCGGCCUCCCGCUGGUGCGACGUUGACAGCGCCGUCGGCGAACGUGGAGCCUCGGCCAGGCUCUUGAAGGGGCGCUCGGGAUCUGCGCCGGCGCCUUCAUGCAGUGCCGGGUCCUACGAGUACUCGAAGGUAUCUAUGCCGAGUGACUUGCAUGACUCGCCGUCACUCAUCUCGAUGUUGCCUUCGGAGGCGAGGGGGCACCUCGAGGAUUUUGAGAAGCUUAUGCUCCGGCCCGCGCAGGAGUCGGAAUUAAUUCAACAGUAUGAAGGGGUGCCGGGCUGUCACGCCGACCCGGCGCUGCAGGGGGAUCCUCGCACCUACGGCCGCCUUGUGCGGAGGGUAGCGAGAGUCGGCAUGGCGACUUUCACUCGAGACCCGGCCUGCGUGCUGGGCGUCUUUUUCGUCGCCAAGAAGGCCGACGAGCUCAGGCUGAUCGUCGACUGCCGGCGAGCCAACCAGCUGUUCCAGAAGCCUCCAGGCGUCGCCCUCCUGAGCGGCGAGGGGUUGUCCAGGGUGGAGAUCGACGACCCCGAGGGCCUCCUGGAGGGCCUGCCGGCCCACCUCGGCGCCGGGGACGUCGCGGACUGCUUCCACAGGAUGAGGUUGGUGAAGACGGCGGGGGGCGACAUUCCGCGUUACUUUUGUUGGCCGCCCCUCGCGCCCAAGCACGCUGGCGUCUCCGAGGUCGACGGCGUGGCUGUGAGGCUGGACGAGAAGAUCUGGCCCAUGUGCGCGAGCCGCCCGAUGGGUUUCUCGUGGUCGUCGCACUUUGCCCAGACGGCGAACGACCAGCGCCUGGGUCACCAGCCCGCGCUGCGGCAGAGCCAGGAGCUCUCGGACCGGGGGCCCUCGGCGGGCCAUCCGCCUCGGCAGGGUCAGGCCCAGAGGGACUUCGACGCCGACGCGCUGCGCUUCCACGAGAUGGAGGUUUUCGACCACGGCGGACCCUCCCUGGGCUGGCAUCUUAGCGGCGACGCCCGAGUCGCCCGGCCCAGUGACAAGCGUUUCGCUCUGGUGCGCCGUGGCGUCCGGGCGCUGCUUCGGCUGAGGAAGGUCUCUGGCUGGCAGGUCGAGGCCGCCCUCGGACACGUCGCUUUCCUGUGUCUGAUGCGUCGGGAGCUCCUCUCGAUCUUCCACACGCACGCCUUCGAGGUCGCCGGCGUCAAGGUGGACCCUGGGGGCGGCGACGUGGAGCGCGACUUCCUCGGCCGGCCCGCGCGGCUCGACAGAGAGGCGAGGGGGGUCCUGGAGGCGGCGCGGCGGGGGCGCAACGAGGAUUUUGCCGAGGUGCCCAGCCGCCUCCUGGCCGGCGACCGCUGGCGACUCUUUAGUUUGGCCUUCGCUCGGAAUGUCCGACUUUAUUUCCGAUGGAUCCCCGGCGAGUUCAAUUCUGGGGGCGAGGGGGGCCGAAUCUACGAUACUUGGCAUGAUGCUGAGAAGACCGUUGUUUCCCACCUGGGCACCGAGCUGCCGCGCGCGGAGCCCGAGCCUGAGGGGCAGGCGACCCGCGUGCGCACCCUGACCCUGGAGCGGGGUCUGGCCAGCCGCCUGACGAUGCGCAGCCGUGCUCUGGAGCAGGGCCGGCCCGAGCGUCGCGUGGGCUCCGCUCGAGCGCAGACGACGGAGGCUUUCCUGGGGCAGGUGGCGGACGAGAUCCCCGACAGGUUGGCCAGGGCGCCAGGCCCGGCCGUCCGAGGCGCCCCCGCGGACAUCGAGGGAGAGGACGGCAGCGAGAGCGACGACUCCUCGGACCCCGAGGAGAGGGCGGCGACAGCGGCCCGCCAGAGGGCCUUGCGCCGGCGCGGGAAGAACCGCGCGCGCCAGUGCCUCAGCGCCCUGAUUGGCGCGGCCCUCCUAGGCGCACGGCUGACACCGCUGGAGGCCCGGUCCGUGACCGAGGCAGCUGCUGCCCAGCGCCGCCAGCGCGUCCUCGCCUUCUUGAGCUGGGGCCCCUUCUCAGAGGCGGUGCUGGAGGAGCCCGCGCGCCCGGGCGUCGCCCUGACCGACUUCACGAACCGCGAGUUCGAGCAGGGUCACAGGCCCUUGACAGUGGGCAUGCGGGUGCCCAUUGUGGUGGAGAUCGCGAGGCUGGGUGUCCUGAUGGCCGCAGUACUAACCUUGAUCAUGGCAGAGGGGUACCUGCGCCCCGGAGAGAUGCUGGGCCCGACGCCGGCAUCGUUCCUGCCACCCGCCCCAGGCGGGGUGGCCACGCGGGCCCUCCAGCUCUUCCCGCAGGAGGGCAACCUGCGGUCCAAGACCGGCGAGAGCGACGACAGCAUCCCGCUGGGCUCAAGGAGAUUCGGCUGGAUGGACGCGAUCUACCAGGUGCUCUCCAGGCGCCCCCAGGGCUCGGAGCGCCUCCUGGACUGGAGUUUCCGCGAGUACGUGAGCGUCUUCAGGCGCGCUGCCGCCAACCUGAACUGGGCAGUGGUGCCAUAUCGGGGGCGUCACACGGGGGCCAGCGCCGACCGCGCCGAGAACCUCAGAACCCAGGAGCAGGUGAUGGAGCGCGGGAGGUGGCAGACCCUUCGAAGCGUCAGGAGGUGCGAGAAGGCUGGGCGCGUCAACCAGGCGUGGCGGGAGCUAGAUGCCGAGGACCAGGACCACGUCUGGCUCUGCAUGAGGAUGAUCGAAGGGAUUUUCCUACGCGGGGACGCGGCGGCCACGCCGCCGUACCUCAGGCGCGGAGCGGAGCCCGACCCCAAGCGUGUCAGGUGUUUCAGCCAGUGCCAAAGGGGUUCCCUGGUGGCCCAUCGGCAUCGCGACGGCAUGGGGUGCGCCCAGCGGCGCGAGGCAGCUGCCAACUGGCUGUGCAGGUCGCGCGCCCACCCCGUAAGCGGCGCCAAGUGGUGGAACGGCGCGGCGAUGCAGCAGCGCGGGAAGUGUGGACAGGCAGAGCGCAUGCAGAAGUUGCUCCAGAGCCUCCAGGCGGAGGCGGAGGUCAAGCAGUUCCGCGCGGCGCAGCGCGGUGGAGGCGCCUCACCACCUGCGCCUGCGGCGGGCGACGCUGGCAGCAUGCAGGUCGACGACGACGGCGCGGAGCUCUCGGAUGGCGACAGGAGGGCGCGCAUCAAGGUCCUCGACAAGCAGAUCGAGCAGGCGGUCGCCACUGCGAAGCUCGCUCCCUGGGCCAUUUGGACGCGCGCCAUCGAGGAGAUGCGAGCGGCGCGGGAGAAGCAUGCCAGCCUGCUCCUCGCCGCCAAGCCGCGCAUGGAGAGGGCUGUCGAGGCGCAGGCGGCGCACAUCGCCAAGCUCACGGCGGAGCGAGACGCCGAGGAAGCCGCCCUGGUGUCUCAGCGGCGGGCCAUCGUCGCCUUGCAGGCCGAGCUCGAGCACUUGGUGGUCUCUGCUGGGGGCGCGCCCAAGGAGCCCGAGCUGGCGCAGCAGAUGCCCAGGCUGGGGGUCUCGGUCGAGAUGCUCGGGGCGAUCCUUUCGGGGCUGGGACUGGAGCUGCAGCAGACGCAGCAGGUGGCCCCGCAGCCCGCGGCCAAGACCGAGCAGGAACUGGGAGCGGCCUUGGCAGCGCAGCCCGCUGCGCCUGGAGGCGGCCCAGCGGCGGGCCCCGCGGCAGCCGCGUCUGCCGAGGCGGCGGUCGCCCCUGGCCAGGCCCCGAUCGAGGAGGGACCUCCUCCUGGAGAUGCCGCUUCUGCUGCUGCGAAGCCCAGGGUCGAGGGCACCGCGUCCGAGAUGCUCAACGAGUUCCUCCUGCGGAGCUUCCCUGUGGACUCCGACGUGCCAGAGGACAUGGCGGAGAAGCGUGCCCCCAUGACCAGCGAGGAGGUUAGGAGCGGGGGUGCAGUGCAGCUCCGCGCUGUUGGCAGGAGCAGCCCCCGCUCCUCGCUGCUCUGCUCCCACGGCGGCCUCGCCUACUUCGAGUGCGCUUCGGACAGGAGCCAGGCGUCCGCGCCUGCGAAGGGCUACUUUGCCGCGGCCAAUGGCGACAACUUCGGGCCGCUGAAGGCCUACCUCCAGCUGCUGGACGAGGGCUGCAAGGCUGUAGCAGCCCAGGGCAUCGCGUCGCGGAGUCGGAGGUCCCCCGAGCUGAACGCGAUCUUCGAGACCUCGGCCCUGGUCACCUACGUCAGCCACGUCAUUGCCGAGGGCCUCGACUGGAUUGCGGUGGGGGACUGGAACAUGGCUCCCGAGGUGCUGGGCCCGAGGGUGCCGGGGCCUGCCCAGGGCUUCUUGGCAGCGCCUUCGGCCCCCACCUGCGCCAAGUGCCUCCCUGGCUCGGCGUUGGACGACGCCGCGUGCAGUCGCAACCUCCUGCCCAGGAGGUUGCCGCCGCAGGUCGGCGAGGCAUCGCCGCUGCCUGUGCACGCGGCGGUCAGGUUCCCGAUUCUUAGCGGACGACCGAGUGCUGUGGAUGCGUGUGCCGCGCGAGCCAGCUGGCUACCACAUCAAGCCAGGCUUGCCAGGCUGCCGCUCACUGACCGCUGGCAGAGGACCGACAGCAUGAUCCUGGCUGCCUGCGAGGACUGCGACCUCCAGUGUUGUUGGGACGAGGUGCUCCGUGGACUGGGGGCCGAGCUGCUGAACCGCGCCGACGUCAUGGAUGUCAGCGCGCGACGGCGGCAUGAGGGACGUGCUGGUGUACCUGAGACGGCUUGGGUUCGGUUGCGCUGGGAGCCUCCCCACCUUCGGAUUCGACUUCCUCCACGAGUCCACGCUUGGGCCUCGUUGGCGCGAUGGGCCAAGCACGUGCUGCGUUCGCGGGUGCACCUGUCGAGGCUUGUGCGACUCUACGCAAAGGAUCCUGGACCUCGGGUCCUCGGCACGGCGAAGAACUUUGCGGUGUUCUGCAGGUUCUUCGAGCGCAUCGCCAAUGCCCACCACGUCUGGGAGCACGCCACCAUCCAGGUUCGCGAGCUCUUCGCCAAGGGCAUCAUGCUGUUGGUGGAGCCUGACCUGGAGGUCCUGAUGUCGCAGAUUGUGACGAUCUAUGGAGACCACCUCGCCAUCCACGCACGGGUCACAUCGGAGCGGUGGCGAGCCUGGGUCAAUGCUGCUUUUCAGAACGGCGCAGGAGGCGCGCAUCGCGCGACCAAGGUCCAGGACAGGCUUGAGCCCAUGAGCUCCUUCGGCCAGGACGAGAGCAUGAGGGGCCAUAUGUUCGAGCAGAUUAGGCGAUGGAUGAGUGGGAGUCGAUCUGGACCAGUGGCGAUGUUCGGCGACUUCUUCUGCCUGGGGACGCCCACUCGCGCCCAUGCGCUCAAGGCUGCCUUCGUGAGCUUUGUGGAGGAUGUGGGGCCCCUCGGCAUGGCCAUCAAGCUGGACAUGUCCGGAUGGCUGGGCACCACUCGCUCUGCUGCCCGUGGCUUUGCAAGGGCAGGCCGCGCUCUGCGGUUGCCACAUCGGAAGGGAGUGCGCAACCUGGGGCAUGACACCCAUGGGCGGGGCGCGGGGCGCACGGUCGCCAAGCGCCGCCUCGCCAAGCUUGGGACUAGGCAGCCGAGGGUGCUAGCUCUGCGUCUGGCUGCUGGGGAUCGCAUCCGGGCCUUGUGGCGGACAGGGUUGCUCCCCUCUGCGGGCCAUGGCUCGGCGGUGGCUGGCGCCACCGACGAGCAGCUCAAGGCGCUGAGGCAUUCCGCGGUCGCGCUCUGCUCGGGCAAGGGGGGCGGGAACAGUGGCUCCUCCACGAUCUUCUUGGCCACGCAGCGGGCCCUCGCGGCCAGCUGGCAGCGGAGCGCCCCGACUUGUCACGGCGCUCGCGGCCCGCUCGCGGCCGCCUGGUUGAGCCUCCGCAGGAUCGGCUGGGACAUGAGCUCGGACUUGCACUUGCGCACGGACGUGGGCGAGGUGCUCCACAUCCUGGCCGUUCCGCCGAAGGUCAUCGGGCACAUGCUGAAGGGCGCCCAGCCGUGCACGAGGGGCCACCAGUUCCACGAGUGCCCGAACAUCUUGGCGACUGGCUCGCACGAGGACUCCAUGGGCAUCGAGCCGAUUUCAGAGCAGGCCCCCAAGGUGAGGACCAGGCUCAUGGAGCGGAUCCACAUCAGAGCGGGCGACGCGGACUACGACAGGUUCGACGUCAUCACGGGUAUCCCGCAGGUGUUUUUUGACGUCCUUGGGGCUGAGAGGCUCCAAGACUGCUAUUGGUGGGGCGACUGGGCCUCCGACGUGGGCGACAGGAGCACCAUCGUUUACCACGGCGGGUCGGGCUAUGAGGCGGCCUGGCCCGAGCAUGCGAGAUGCGGCUGGGCAUGCGCACAUGUCAGCUUCGAGGGCCCCCCCAUUCGAGCUGUAUUCGGACCGCUGCCAGGCAGCCGCCAAACGGUGGGUCGGGCGGAGCAUCGCGCGCUGCUGACGGCCACGACGCACAUGCCGUACCUUCGGUUUGUCGUGACCGACCUGGCUGCCCUUGCGCGCGAGGUCGAGGCUUGGGGGUUCCACCAGGCGGCCUCGGGCAGUGAGUAUGCGGACAUCUGGAGGGACAUCUGUGACCUCAAGGGGGUGCGAGCUGGAUGUGGCCGAGUUCGGCCUGCUGCAUGUUGGUGUCCUGCGCGCCUCGACCUCGAGAAGUUCGCCCAGUUGGGGAACAUCGCUGGGGAUUUCUUUGGCAACCAGUGGGCGGAUUUCUUCGCCAAGGUGGGUGAGCGAUUGCACGGGCUGCCCUCCACCCUGCUGGAUCUGUACAAGGUGAAGCUCAGUGGCGCUAGGGAGGAGGCGAAGGCCCUCUCCUGGCUGAUGGCGGCGGUCGGUGAGCACACCGGCGCUGCUCGCAUGCUCGCGCCCCCCGUGUCCGCCCUGCGGCGGGGGCCCGACCUGUGCAGUUGGUCGAGUCUCGGCACGGCCUGGAGCGCCUCGGAGGCACCGUGCGGCGCAGGCGGGGACCCCCUUGUGGAGGACGUUGGGUCCGACAGGGGGUUCCCUCUGGGGAUCAG